AGUAUGGCCCAAGGGCAGACAGACCAGCGCAAUGUCAAUUCUUUAGCUUUCCCGCCAUGCCACAGGGAGUAGAGCCCCCCAAGCUGGGCCAGAUUGCACCGAAGUUGGCCCGCAGGAGGUCAACUGUGAAUGAUCUCAGUGGCACUUCCAGCCUGUCGCAGAUUUACGCCUCUAUGUUUCUUCUUUUUGUGCCUACCUUGGUGGCGCGCUUGGCAUGGAUUGGCAUGAAAACCACUGACACGGCUCUCUUGGGGCAUGCUGGGACCCAAUUUCUCACAGCAUCAUCCUUAUCCGACUUUUGGACAUCUAUGAGUGGAGUCUUUGUCAAUGACUCGUUGCUGGGGUCUCUUUGCGGACAAGCGCUUGGAGCCAAGAAUUACGACCUUGUUGGUAUUUGGCUUCAGGUUUCACUAACACUCUUCUCCUGGGUGUUGAUUCCUGUCGUCAUGCUUUGGCUCUUGACAGGGCCAGCUCUGCGAAUCCUGGUCAAUGUUGAUGCCCAAACUGCACAUGACGCCGGGUACUAUGCUAUGGUGAUGGCUUGCUGCUUACCUGCCACAAUGCUCUCAGGGAGGUUGACUAGCUUCUUCACUUCUCAAAAGAUCACGGGACCCAGUUCAAGGACAACACCACUGGCCUUGAUCCUGAACUUGGUUUUAGGCUUGCAAUUCGUUCUUGGGAUUCCUUUUUCAGGCCUGCACUUUGGCUUCUGGGCAUGUCCGAUUGUGACCAGUCUUGUGGAGUGGUUUGUGGCAGCUGUACUACUUGUGGUCUACUGUGGCUACUUCAAGUACCAUGAAAAAUGCUACGGACCGAAGCUGCAGGAGUGGAAUUAUCUCCGGGAUGUCUUUGUGGCUCCCGUUUUCACGGAUGGCUCAGGCCGCUUCGCGUACUAUGACAACAACAUCCACCCGAAAGUGUGGUCUUAUGUCCGCCUGGUGAUCCCUGCCACUUUGGCGUUGGCGUCUGACUUCUGGCGCAUGUCUGCAAUUGGCCUGCUCGCCGGAACACUGGGCGGCCGGGAGGUUGCAGUCUUCAAUGCCAGCUACCGCCUGGCAUGGAUGAAUUUGACCGUCAUUGGCUCCUUUAGUAGCGCCACUGUGACCCAGUUGGGCAUUGCUCUUGGUACGGGUGAUGGGCAUUUAUCAAGUAAGAUCAGAGAUCUCGGUAUUGGAAGCGUGGGGGCCUUUCUGUCCGUAACAACCUUUGCAACCCUAGUAUAUGUCAGGCAAUUGGCAUCCAUAUUCAGCAGUGAUCCUGAGGUCAUAGACCUGUUCGAAGAAUGCCGACAUGAGAUGGGACUCAUGAUUUUCUUCAUGUGCUUCUCAAUGCAUUUCGAAAGCCUCCUGAUUGCUUUGAAGAAGACCGAUACCGUUUUCAAGGCUGCCCUCAUUGGUUCCUGGGGGGGGCAGCUGCCUGGUGUCUUGCUGCUAUUCUACUUUUUUGGAAGGACUUUGCAGAAUGUCUACUUGGGUAUUGGCCUUGGAUAUGCUUUGCUGUUCGUCCUCUACAUGUUGCCACUACUCCGGACGGAUAUGAAGAGUGCUGCAGAAAAUGCCUUUAAAGAAAAUGAGGCCACGACGCCUUUGGCCGAUCAAUAGGCCAUGGGCCACGACCAGCUGCCUUGAAAUUGAUGUCAAAAGGCAAAGCCCUUUUGGCAAAGUACCAAGAGUAUCCGGGGAUGAUGCUGCUUGCAUUUGGAAAGUCGCUGAUGCAAGCCUUUCGCAGAGAAAAA